CUAAAGUUUGGACAGAACCCAUGGCCGCGGCAGCAACUCCGCUCCUGUCCGGGCAGCGAAGCCCCGUCCAGCGGCAGCUCUUGGCUCCCCAGGUGGGUCAGGACUUCAGUCUGCAGCAGCCCCAGGCCAAGGUGACGGUGGCAGUCGGGGAAACGCUCACCCUGAGCUGCACCACAUCUGGAACCGCUGGACCAGGUCCUGUGAUGUGGCUGAAGGGCUGGGGCAAUGGGAACACGACCAUCUAUGACCAGAGCAAGCAGGAUCCCUCCUCCCGUGUGACGAGAGCAGUGGAUAGGUCCGACACAGACUUCACCAUCCACAUGAGGAACUUUCAGCCCAAUGAUGUUGGCACCUACUACUGUGUGAAGUUUGUCAAGGGGAACACUGGUGAUGAUGAGGUGUUUAAGCAUGGCCGUGGCACAGAGGUGUCUGUGCAUGAGGCAGCCCUGCUUCCUGGAAUGGUGGCUGCAGCUGUAGUGCUCUGCUUCCUCCUCCUCCUCGGCCUCUUCAUCGCCCUUUGCAUAUACAGAAGGAAGCGCCAAGGCAGGGUGGGCAGCCCCUGCCCAGCCAGGACAGCAGCCAGGGGCAGCUUCUCAUCUGUCCCUCUGCGGUGCUGUGCAGGGACCCCCAGCACCUCCAGUGAAGUCCUGGAUGCAGAGACCUCCCACGUGCCCAGCCAGCAGAGCAGCAAGGAGGAGAACGACAUCCACUACGCCGACCUGCAGCCCCUGCCCCCGGCCAUGUGGCGCAGCAGGAGCCCGGGUACAGCCCCCACCGAGUACGCCAGCCUCAGGGGAGCUGCCAAGUGACGCGUGGCACCGCCGCCUGCGCGGCCAGGCCGUGUCAGGGUGGAAGAAGGGACGUUUCUGCAGGGCACAAUAAAGAAGAAGUGGGGCUGUUUGCAUGGCGCACCCUGAUCUCAGCUCGGCACACUGUGCUCACCGUGUUUGCAUCUCAGGGGAGCUCUCCCAGGACCUGGAAGCUUUCUCGACCACGGGGUCAGACCACGACGUCAAGCACCUCUGCCUUGUGCAAGCUGUUUGGUGCUGAUGACACCAGGAGGACCUCACACAAACCUCUGUCCACCAGCAUGGGCCUCCACUGGCCCUUUCCUGGCCCACAGGUCCAUAAUUUGUGUUAUCUUUUCACCACCCUCAUUAAAGCCAGCGAACAGCC